CCCGCCGGAAGCGAAAGUGAAAGAGCAAAUGCAAAGUGCUCGCGCUUCGUUUCAAGCCCCUCCUUUGCAAAGCUUGUUCGGAGGAGCGAAGUCCAGACGGGAGGGCUUCGUGCUCCUGAGAUAGCAGCCCUGCGAGGCUGCUGGCUAAGGCGGGUGGGGACCACGGAAGCUGCUGCUGGUGCAGCACAUUCGCUCGUCUUUUAAGGCGCUGCCAGACUCUUUCCGGAGGGACUUUGAGGCUCAGCAUCGUCCCGGAAUCAGGAUGAUGGAGUCGAUGUGCCUGGUGGAGAUGUCCCCUGUUUCCAACACCCUGCAGGUGAACCCAGCCACGUUAUCCUUCCUCAAGACCCUGGAGGGCCCCCUUAAGGUGGUGGCCAUCUUUGGGCCCAAGGGUACCGGAAAAUCCUUCCUCCUGGACCAACUGGCAGGGCAAGACCAAGGCCUCCUCCAUUCCCCAGGAAUAUGGCUGCAGUGCUUGCCCCAUCCGACAAAACCGGAUGCUACCUUGCUGUUGCUGGACACGGAAGGCCUCCCAGAACAAAUGGAGGAGAAUGAGAAGUCCGUCUCCUUCAAACUUUUCCUUUUAGAUGUGCUGCUCUGCAACGUCUUUAUAUAUAACACGAAAGGUGCUUGGGACCUUCAAAAAGAGCUCGAUAAGCUGAUAUAUGUGAAGAAGCUCCCUGAUAAAGUCCGAGUCCUGGAGGAUUGUCCUUUGGAGAACAACUUCCUGCUUAGCAGCGUGCUGCCUGACUUUGUAUGGUGCCUUCGUGAUAUGGCACCUGACUCCUUUUGGGAAAAAGAGCUGCAAGGCCAUGACCAUAACUUGGAUUCUCUCAUCUCCAGCCCAGCAGUCUUGGAAGCCACCCCAAGCAGCUACAUCCAAACACUGUUCCCUUCUCAGAAAGCUUUCUGUUUCCACUCCCCACAUGUGGAUGGGAAAGGCGGGAAGAUUGUUUCAUCAGACAUGUUGCAUCCCAUUUUCCAGGAGCAGCUCGAGUCGUUUAAAGAUUAUAUCCUGAACCAGAGGCCCAAAAACUCUCUGGGAAGUAAAUUUAUCAACGGGAAGGAUUGGUCGGCCUCGUUGAAACGAUUUGUGGAUAUGUUGUCUCGGGAUGAACCAAUCCUUCUGAAUGACGGCUGGGAUGGAGAGGAAGCCACAUCCUCUUGGGAAAAUGACGGGAGUUUUAAUGAGCCCUGGACAGAUCCUCCCUGGACAAUCCCAGAGAGGAAUGAGACCCCCAGCACCCUCCAGCCAUCGGUGUGGGAACCCAGGGUUCCUCCGCCAUCUUCCUCCCGGGCUGUUCCUAGAACAGGUCAACCAAACGACAUGGAGGAACCAAUGUGCUUGAUAGAGAACAACCCGGGUGAGAAAUUGCAGGUCAACCAGGAAGCUCUACAGCUCCUGCAGAUGAUUCAGCAGCCGGUGGUCGUGGUAGCCAUUGUGGGGCUGUACCGUACUGGCAAAUCUUACCUCAUGAACAAGCUGGCAGGAAGGGAUAAAGGAGGAUUUUCUCUGGGCGCCACAGUGCAAGCAAACACCAAGGGCAUCUGGAUGUGGUGUCGUCCUCACCCCAGAAAGCCUGGCCACACCCUGGUGCUAUUGGACACGGAAGGGCUGGGUGAUGUGGAGAAGAGCAAUGUUGAGAACGACUCGUGGGUGUUUGCCCUCUCCAUUCUGCUUAGCAGCACCUUUGUGUACAACAGCAUGGGAACCAUUGACCAAUUUGCUUUGGAGAAACUACACUACGUGACGGAACUGACUGAGCAUAUCAAGGUUAAGGCCUCAGGCGGGCAGAACUUAGAGGAAGAUGAAGAUGACAGGAUUCCUGACGACUUUGUCUGGUUCUUCCCAACAUUCAUCUGGGCUGUGCGUGAUUUCACCUUGCAGUUAGAGCUGGAUGGACGCCCCAUCUCAGGGGAUGAGUACCUGGAGAACGCCUUGCAGAGGAGGGAAGGUCUUCCUGAAAAGCUAGACUUUGCCAAAAAGUACAUCCGGGAGUAUUUCCCCAGCCGUAAGUGCUUCGUCUUUGACCGCCCGGCCACACGCCAAGAGUUGGUGAAACUGGAAGAUUUGCCUGAGAGGAAGCUGAACCACGAUUUCGUACAAGAAGCACAUCGGUUCCGAAACUAUAUUUAUGAGACAGCUGAGGCCAAAGUGAUCCCAGGGGGACACACAGUGACUGGGACACUGUUGGGAAACCUGGCCGUGACCUACGUGGACGCCAUCCGCAGCGGGGCCAUCCCUUGCAUAGAGAACGCAGUGCUGGCCUUGGCCCAAAUCGAGAACUCGGCAGCUGUGCACGAUGGUGCCAAACGCUAUGGGGAGAUGGCGGAACUUAUGUUCACGCUGCCCACCGAGACAGUUGAGGAGCUGCUGAAAGUGCAUGCCGAGUGUGAAAAUGAGGCCAUCCAAGUCUUUCUGGCCCGCGCCUUCAAGGAUGAUGGCCAAGAGUACCAGAAGCAGCUGAAGAACCAGAUAGAAAUCAAGUUUGAGGAAAUCUGCCGCCGCAAUGAGCAGGAGUCCUUGGAUCGCUGCCAGGCUGUGCUCUUUGAACUGUUCCAGGAUUUAGAAGAGAAAAUCUGUAAUGGGAGCUAUUCAGUACCAGGUGGCUACCAAUGUUUCCAGGAUGACCAGAGGAGAACCGUGGAGAGCUAUCGCCUGACCCCUCAGAAAGGACUAAUGGCAUCGAUGGCCCUGGAGGAAUUCCUGAAAUCCAAGGAGACAGCAGCCCAGUCCAUUCUGCAGGCUGACCGGAACCUCACAGACAGGCAGAAAGAGAUUGAAGCGGAGAAGGCCCGAGCGGAAGCCUCUCAGCGGGAAGCUAAUCUACAACGACAACUGAAAGAACAGACCCAGCGGAUGGCUGAAGACAACGAACGGAGUUACAAGGCGCACGAAGCGCAGCUAAUAGCCAAGAUGGAAGAGGACCGGAGGAGACAACAGCGGGAGCAUGAGCAGGUGCUGAACUUCAAGCUCCAGGAACAGAGUCGGCUUCUGCAAGAAGGAUUCCAGCGGGAAGCGGGAAGGCUUCAGACCGAGAUUGGGACUCUGCAGAAUCAGAUCCAUCAUCAGUCGCGCAAGAAAAGAUGUGUCAUCUCUUGAGAAUGGCGUCUCUGGGAGGGCCCUGAGGACGUUUCUCCUGGCCUUGGUGUUACAGAUGCAAUGGGAGGAAGGAAAGGAGAUCUCCUUCAGACUGUAUCCCUGGAUUUAGUCCAUGUGCUAUCAUUACUUUAGCUGUUUUGGAUGUCUUGUAGGAUGGAAAAGUGGCAUAUCCACUUUUCUAAAUAAGUAAGUUAAAAACAUCAGUGUUAACAAUGUAAUGUUUAGAAAAUAUUUGCAGUGUGUGAGCAUCUGCUGGCAACACAUAAAUAAUCCACAAGAGCGGAAGCAACUGCUGAAGUUCUUAUUAGCAAUAGGGAGGGAAUGUUGGGAGAAAAAAUGUCACGUGCCGAUCCACGUGAAGUGAUCUGAUGGAAUGUCAGCGUGGCACCAUAGAUUUUAACCUGGGGAGAAGCUUUUGAAUCCUUGCCUAGCUAUGAAGCUUGCUGACUUUGGAGGAACAGAUGGCCUCCAAAUAAACAGUGGGGCACCAUCCACCAAGCUUUUGUCAGCGCAAGCCCCGUUGACAGGUGUUGUCCUCUUACACAUUCAGUGGGGCAUGUGCAGGAUUCUGCCCUAGGCUUGGGUUCGAAGCCUCACAGGACUAUGAAUCUUACUACCAUGACUUUGGGCAAGUCAUUCUGUUUCAGCCUAACCUACCUCACAGGGCUGUUGUAAUGAUAAAGCAAAGGAGGUGAGAACCAUGUACACCAGCCAGAGUUCCUCGGAGGAAGCGUGGAAUAAAAAUAUCACAGAAUGUAACAGAACAAGGAAGAUCCAAGUGGACAUACUUCUCCUCUGCUAGUUUGUGAACUGUCACUUUCUGGUCUGCCUUUUUGGUUUCUUUACUUGGGCACCUCUGUCUUUAAAAAACAUUUAGAAUUAAAGCCGGUCUGAAAGGGUUCUGAGUAAACAGUGCUGAUUUUGUUUUGUUAUUUGUCUUCGUUUUAAUUUGGAAAUAUUUUUAUUGUAAGUUGUCUCGAACUGCGUGGAAAGUUGGGGUAUAAAUGUUUUAAUAAUAAAGUUUGCAAUGUGCCACUUGGAUAAUAUAUAA